AUGGCCCCUGAUGUCCAGCUGGAGAAGGAGCAACGUAUGGGCUUCUUCCAAACCAUCCUUGUCGCCCUAGUCUUCCUCCCUCUGCUCAUGGUGGCCUCCCAUAACUUCCUGCAGAACUUCACAGCUGCUGUCCCCAGGCACUGGUGCUACAUCCCGGCGGGAGACAAUGCCACCACAGAGGUGACUGGAGACCAGCUGAAGAUCUACGUUCCUAUGGAUGGCAACCAGGAGCCAGACAGGUGCCUGCAGUUCAGCACCCCACAGUGGCAGCUUCUGGCCCCUAAUGGCACCAGCACCAACGCCACUGAGCCCUGCCUGGAUGGGUGGGCAUACGACAGGAGUGUCUUCAAGUCCACCAUCAUCACGGAGUGGAACCUGGUCUGUGGCCAGCGUGCUCUCAAGGAUUUUGCCCAGUCCAUCUACAUGGUGGGGGUGCUGCUGGGAGCACCGGUCCUCGGGGGCCUGGCGGAUAGACUGGGGCGCCGGGCGCUGCUGCUCUGGUCCCUGCUGCAGAUGGGUGUGAUGGGCACCAGCGCCGCCUUCGCCCCCAACCUGGCAGCCUACUGCGCCUUCCGCUUCUUCAGCGGCAUGAGUACUGCCGGUUUCAUCCUCAAUGGCACCAGCCUGACCCUGGAGUGGAUCCCAUCCCAGUUCCGGGCCAUGGUGUCCACCAUCCUCGCCUGCAGCCUGACGCUGGGCCAGCUGCUCCUGGCUGGACUGGCAUACGCCAUCCGUGACUGGCGCCAGCUGCAGCUGGCAUCCUCAGUGCCCUUCUUCCUCUUCUUCCUCUACAGCUGGUGGAUCCCAGAGUCCGCACACUGGCUCAUCAUCAACCACAGGCCUGAGAAGGCGCUGAGGAACCUGCGACGGGUGGCCCAGAUCAACGGCGAGAAGCCAGAGGGGGAGGGCAUCUCCCUGGAGACACUGAGGCUGGAGAUGAAGCAGGAGGAAGAGAGCUCAGGGCCCUCCCGGUGCUCUGCCCUGGAGCUGUUCCGGACAGCGCCCAUGCGUGGGGUCACCUGCUGCCUCAUGCUGGCCUGGUUCUCCAACAGCUUCUCUUUCUUCCACCUGGCCCUGGACCUGCAGCGCUUCGGGGGCAUCAGCAUCUUCCUGGUGCAACUGAUCUUUGGCGCUGUGGACAUGCCCUUCCGCAUGGUGGUGGCUGUUGUUGCCAACCGCCUGGGGCGCCGGCUCACGCAGGCCGCCUGCCUGGUCCUGGGGGGACUCUUCAUCCUGGCCAGCGUCCCCGUGCCGCAGGACAUGGAGGUGCUUCUGAUUACCCUGACUGUCCUGGGAAAAGGGCUCUUCUCCUCCUCCGCCAGCUGCUCCUACCUGUACACCACUGAGCUCUACCCCACUGUCAUCAGGCAGACAGGGCUGGGGGUCACCUUCAUGAUGGCCCGGCUGGGAGCGGUGGCAGCCCCCAUGGUGCAGAUGACACAGGCUUUUGUCUCUUUCCUGCCCCUGCUCCUGUUCGGGGCAGUGCCCAUCACAGCUGGCAUCCUGGUCAAUUGCUUACCAGAGACCUUGGGGGUCCCACUAGCCGACACGAUGAAGCAGGUGGAGGACAGAGCAAGGAAGAAAAGGAGCAAGAAAGAGGAACUGAGGAAAGAAGCCAGGGGAACCAAAAAGACCAAAUUUUAA